CGCGCCGGUCCAGUCAGCGGCGCCGCCCAUUUUAAAUAGCAUUUUUUGACUUGUUUCCGCGGUCUCAGUCCCCGACCUCGACGUUGCCUGGGCUCUCGCAGCCUCUCCCUAGGUCUCCUCCAAACGACCACCUCGGAUUCCUUAUGGAUCGCAGCUCCAAGAGGAGGCAGGUGAAGCCUUUGGCAGCUUCUCUGCUAGAAGCUCUCGAUUAUGAUAGUUCAGAUGACAGUGAUUUUAAAGUUGGUGAUGCCUCAGAUUCUGAAGGGAGUGGUAAUGGAAGUGAAGAUCCCUCAAAGGACAGUGGAGAAGGUUCCUGUAGUGAUUCUGAAGAAAAUAUUUUAGAGGAAGAACUGAAUGAAGAUAUUAAAGUAAAAGAAGAACAACUUAAAAAUUCUGCAGAGGAAGAAAUACUGUCAUCAGAAAAACAGUUAAUUAAAAUGGAAAACAAGGAAGAAGAAGAGAAUGGAGAAAGACCUAGAAAGAAAAAGGAGAAAGAGAAGGAAAAAGAAAAGGAAAAAGAGAAGGAAAAAGAAAAGGAAAAGGAGAAGGAGAAAGAGAAGGAGAAAGAAAAAGCAACAGUAUCUGAUAAUGUGGCUGUUUCUGCUGCUUCCACCACACCAGCCACAAGUCCUUCUGCUGUUAACACAUCUCCUUCAGUCCCUACUACAACAGCUCCUACAGAGGAACAAGUCAGUGAGCCAAAAAAGUGGAACCUUCGUCGAAACCGACCACUUUUGGAUUUUGUAUCCAUGGAAGAGCUGAAUGACAUGGAUGACUAUGACAGUGAAGAUGACAAUGAUUGGCGACCUACUGUAGUAAAGAGAAAGGGAAGAGCUGCCUCUCAGAAAGAAGGAAGUGACGGAGACAAUGAGGAUGAUGAAGAUGAGGGAAGUGGGAGUGAUGAGGAUGAGAAUGAGGAAGGCAAUGAUGAAGACCAUAGCAGCCCUGCCAGUGAAGCGGGUUGCAAGAAGAAGAAGGGUAAAGUUCUUAGCAGAAACAGUGCUGAUGAUGAGGAACUGACCAAUGAUAGCCUGACACUAUCUCAAAGCAAGAGUAAUGAGGACUCGCUGAUUCUUGAGAAGAGUCAAAACUGGAGUUCUCAAAAAAUGGACCAUAUUCUGAUUUGCUGUGUUUGUCUUGGAGAUAAUAGCGAGGAUGCUGAUGAAAUAAUUCAGUGUGACAAUUGUGGCAUUACAGUCCAUGAAGGUUGUUAUGGAGUUGAUGGAGAGAGUGACUCUAUUAUGAGUUCAGCUUCUGAGAACUCCACUGAACCUUGGUUUUGUGAUGCCUGUAAAUGUGGUGUUUCCCCUAGCUGUGAACUAUGUCCUAAUCAGGAUGGAAUUUUCAAGGAGACAGAUGCUGGAAGAUGGGUUCACAUUGUUUGUGCCCUGUAUGUUCCUGGAGUAGCCUUUGGAGAUAUUGACAAAUUACGACCAGUAACACUAACAGAAAUGAACUAUUCCAAAUACGGUGCCAAGGAGUGUAGCUUCUGUGAAGACCCUCGUUUUGCUAGAACUGGAGUUUGCAUUAGCUGUGAUGCAGGGAUGUGCAGAGCCUAUUUCCAUGUGACCUGUGCUCAGAAGGAAGGUCUGCUUUCAGAGGCAGCAGCAGAAGAGGAUAUAGCAGAUCCAUUUUUUGCUUAUUGUAAGCAACAUGCAGAUAGGUUAGACAGAAAGUGGAAGAGAAAAAACUACUUGGCUCUACAAUCCUAUUGUAAAAUGUCUUUACAAGAGAGAGAGAAGCAGCUGUCACCAGAAGCACAGGCAAGGAUCAAUGCCCGGCUUCAACAAUAUCGUGCCAAAGCAGAACUAGCUCGAUCCACGAGACCCCAGGCCUGGGUUCCGAGGGAAAAAUUGCCCAGACCACUCACUAGCAGUGCUUCAGCCAUUCGUAAACUGAUGCGGAAAGCAGAGCUAAUGGGAAUUAGUACAGAUAUCUUCCCAGUGGACAAUUCAGAUACUAGUUCUAGUGUGGAUGGAAGGAGAAAGCAUAAGCAACCUGCUCUCACUGCUGAUUUUGUGAAUUAUUAUUUUGAGAGAAAUAUGCGCAUGAUUCAAAUUCAGGAAAAUAUGGCUGAACAAAAGAAUAUAAAGGAUAAAUUAGAGAAUGAACAAGAAAAGCUUCAUGUGGAAUAUAAUAAGCUAUGUGAAUCUUUAGAAGAACUACAGAACCUGAAUGGAAAACUUCGAAGUGAAGGGCAAGGAAUAUGGGCCUUACUAGGCAGAAUCACAGGGCAGAAGUUGAAUAUACCAGCAAUUUUGCGAGCACCCAAGGAGAGAAAACCAAGUAAAAAAGAAGGAGGCACACAAAAGACAUCUACUCUUCCUGCAGUACUUUAUAGCUGUGGAAUUUGUAAGAAGAACCACGAUCAGCAUCUUCUUUUAUUGUGUGAUACCUGUAAACUCCAUUACCAUCUUGGUUGUCUGGAUCCUCCUCUUACAAGGAUGCCAAGAAAGACCAAAAACAGUUAUUGGCAGUGUUCAGAAUGUGACCAGGCAGGGAGCAGUGACAUGGAAGCAGACAUGGCCAUGGAAACCUUGCCCGAUGGGACCAAACGAUCAAGGAGGCAGAUUAAGGAACCAGUGAAAUUUGUUCCACAGGAUAUGCCUCCAGAACCUAAGAAGAUUCCAAUCAGAAACACGAGAACCAGAGGACGAAAACGAAGCUUCAUUCCUGAGGAAGAAAAACAUGAGGAAAGAGUUCCUAGAGAGAGAAGACAAAGGCAGUCUGUGUUACAAAAGAAGCCCAAGGCUGAAGAUUUGCGAACUGAAUGUGCAACUUGCAAGGGAACUGGAGACAAUGAAAAUCUUGUCAGACAUAAUGCUAACCAGGAAUCUCAGCUGAUGUUGCACAGUGGCUAUUCCUGAGGGUCCAGACACUGCUAAUUUUAGCCAUUUGCCUCUUUUCUGAGAUGAAGAAAUUGCUCAAAGCCCUGGGUGAGAUGGAGGAGUGGGUGGGUGAACAAAAGGAGACCUCAUUUAAAAGAGAUAUCAUUCUUUCAAAGGACGGUGACAUAAAGAAUCUUUUAGUAUGUUAAGGGAACCCUUUCUGAUUUCUUUCAAAAAUCGUCUUUUGAUAAAGUCCUAUUAAAUUAACUGAGGGCACAGAAAUUAAAUGUUUCAAAAAGAAUAAGUUGAUAAAAUAUAUAUUAAUACUGUUAUAUAAUUUUAAACAUUUGCUUCUAAAUGAUGUCAUUUGUCAUUAAAAAUAUAAUUUCUAUUUGUUCAAUUCCUCAAAUAAAGGCAUACAGUUUUAAAUUUUGAGUUUUUUAUGCCAUCAUUGAAGAAGAUAAGGAGAAGAUAAAAAUUCCAGUGAAGAAAUACAAAGUGCUUCAACAAAGUUAAGAAAGUCUAUAAUAUUUGGCCAGCGUUUUUUGAAGUAGUUUGUGUAGAAUGUCAUGAGCGCUCUCCUGUAGGUUAAACUCAUUUAAAUUUAGGGUAAAAUAGUUCCAGUAUCAGAAGAUAGCUAUGAAUAAUUCUGACUGCAAUAAAAUUUUCUUGAGUUAUGUAAAAAAAGAAAUCCCAAGCAUAAACAUAACAUAAUGGAGUACUUAACACAACAAAAAUAAAAAAACAAAAAGAAAAAAUCCAUAAAGACAAUCUUACAUAAUGAACAAAAAUUCAAUAUAGAGGAAAUUCCCUUAAAGUUGAGGGUGGCAUUGUGGGGCAUGAUUGAUUUGAAACAAUAGUUAAAAACUUAGCUGGUUAUUCCCUUUUUGAUUAUAGGAACAUGUGUAAAUAUCUACCCUCUUAUUUGUUUUCUCUAAGAUAGUAGAUUGAUUCAGGCCUCUUUGCUUUAGGACCUAUACGUUUUUACCAGAUUUUUAUUUAUAUAUUCAUGCAUUUGAAUGAAAGAACCUAGGAAAUACAAUUUUUAUUUUAAAAACCGCUUUAUAACAAGAGUGUCUCCAACACAUCAUAUUUUAGUUGUCUUUAAAAAAUAGGUGCCAUCUUUCUUCAAUUCUUGAUAAGAUUUUUGAAUAAUAUUAGCCUUUCAUUUAUUUAAUUAGUUUCUGUUAUAAAAUUUUCAUUCCUAAUUGCAUUAUUGUAACAUGCCAGUGUGUGGGAUUUUGUGAAAGUCUUCUGGAAGGUAAAGAUAUUUUUGUUACUCUAGAAAUGAUGGCUAUACAAAGUCUUCUUCCUUGGUUUUGCCUUUUUAAGAAGAUAACAUCACAGAUUUUCUGCAAAGGUUUUAAAGAGGUAAUGAAGAAGGGAUUAAGUGUUUUAUAAAUAUUAUAUAUUAAUGUUUUUGAGGACAAAAUAAACUGGCUAUAAAGCAAUGCCAUAAAGUGUUUUGUGGUUAUAAUGUGAUUGUUCUAUUAAAAAAUAUAUAUACAUUCAGUUUAAGCACUAUUGCUCUUGGAUUAAAGAAGAAUUUAUUUUAUAUAGAAUUUCAUGUGUUUAAAAAGGUAAUCUUAUAAGCUAAUAUCUGCCAUUUCCCGUAACAUCUCUUUUAUUUUGUAAUUGGCACCAUUAUUGUUUGUAAAUCCCCUCCCCUACUUUUAUGAUUAAGUUGCAUCUUAAAUAUUAUGUACACAUGCUAUUUUUUUUUAACUUUAAUUUUAAGACAUUUUAAAUUAGACUUUAUUUUCCCUAAAGAUAUAUUUCAGUGCUUGGUCAGAGAUAUAUUAUACUUAUUAUGUAUGUCUAUUAGGUUCUCUUAUAAAAUUAAAUUUCUUGGGUCAUAAUUUAAUUACUCGUCUUUUACUGAAUAUGCUGUAUUUAUUUUCUCAGAUUCCUUUGAACUACUGUACAUGACUCAGCAGAACCUGCUGUUGAGCAGCUUUGAUUUUGAAGCCACACUUCUCUAUGUAAUUCAGGCUGUAUACAAAAUUCCUUCUUAAUUAUUUUCCUUGCUUUUUCAGUUAUUUGUAUAUAUGAAUUUACACGUAUAAUUUUUUAAUAUCAUUGGGAAAUUGCGUUUAAUUUAUCAGUUAACUGCAAUAGUAGGUUCCAACUGUUGUUUUCUGUUUCGCCUCUUAAGUUUUUCUCAGGUCUUUGCAAAAUUAUUUAGCAUUUCUGUGUCUCAGUUUUUCCCUCUAUUGUAUGGGAUCAUAAUCAUACUGUGAUCCAUUAGGGACUUGGUGAAUAAUUGCUAAGUGAUAGUAAAUUCUUUUCUGUAUAGAAUAGUAGGGCAGUAGUGUUAUUUAGUAAUUCAAAGGAUACAUAUAUGUGAGCUCUGAAUUAAGACUUCCAAUUGGUCAGUAUGUUCCAGUACUAAUAAAUGCUUAUUUUUUACCUUUCAGAGAAUGUGCGUGUCCCGUUUUUGUAUAUAAUUAUUUCUAGAAUGUGGAGGACAAAAAAUUUGAAUUUGUUGAAACAUGUUCUCUAAAAUGAUUAGACUGAACUAUUUCCACUAGACAUGGGAAAUACGAAAAUUAUCAAGAUUGUAAAGAGAAAGAUGGUUUACAGUAUCUUAAGCAUUUUUUUUUUAAAUAGUACUUUCUUUUUUGCCAUCUACUUUUUAAAUUUAAUCAAAAAUUACC